AUGAAUUCUAAUACUCGAGAAAUACUCAGAUUCAAAAAUUCCGAAAUAUUUGAGUUUUGGUUGAGAAAUAAGAGGAAUGUAUCGAAUUACAUAAAAGGAAAAAUUCCAUACGAAAUUGAUUCUGAUUUAAGUAAAUUAAUUUGUACUAAAUCACGGAAUUUAUCUAUUUUUAUUAAACGACAAUGGGAUAGACAAUGCAGAAAUGAGAACGGAUUUAGAAAAUAUAAUAAGGAUUGGUUGGGUCGAGAAACAAUUUUAGUUGUACCGAAAAAGAUCAAUGCUAUCGGUCGUCCAAAAACUACCUAUGUUGAUAGCGGCGAAAGAAAUAAAAGGAGAUUAGCUUCCGAAUUAGCAUCCCAACAAGGAGACAAUACGCAACUAUUAGUUCAUGCUGCCUCUAUAUCUGCCAAAAAAUCGCACUCAGCGGAUUUGACAUUUGUCCUACAACAAGUUGUUAUAUCUCCAAACCGACCAUCCAAAAUUCGAAAAGUUCUUAAUACUAGCCAUAAAGAAGUUACACCAAUAUCACCGGAAGAAGCUCUGACGUUUUUGUUAGAAAACGGAUUAACUAAACAACAGUACAAAAAUAUGCGUCAAUUAAAUUUAAAACAUAAUUGUAGUAUUUACCCGACUUAUGAUAAUGUUUUUAAGAGCAAAUUGAAAUGUAGACCGAAUGAAAUCAAAGCGAAUGAAAACUCUGUGGAAGUAUCGAUGCAAAAUUUGUUAGACCAUACAGCUAGAAGAAUUCUUCAAUAUCAAGAUGAAGUAUUGUGUACAAUGGAUGUUGAAGACUCGGUCCUAGUUUUAAGCUACGGUUUUGAUGGCUCUACCGGUCACAGCUUGUUUAAACAAAAAUUUGUGCAAAAUACUUCGGAAAGUUUCGACCAGUCCCUUUUUGUCACAUCAGUUAUACCAAUAAAAAUAAUUUCAUCAGCGGGUGAUAAUAUUUGGGUUAACCAUGUCAAAGUCGUCGUCGACUACGUCGAUGACGUUGAUGUUGCUGAUGACGAUGACAAUGAUGACCCAGUUGCGGCUGAAUGGUUAAAGAAAUGGGAAUUGAUUGUGUCAAUGUUGUCGACGAACAACGGCAACAACAACCAGUACGACAACUACGACCAUAAACUUGAACCAUUGCCAAUGUUAUGUUCGGACGGUCGGUAUUCACUGGCGAAAACAAAUCCACAGCAAAAGGCCAAACAGCGGAAGGCAUUCAUUGCAUUCCGUUUAGAGCGUUUAAUGCCAAGCACAUCAAGUACUCAAAACUCGGAGCAGCAGGAGCCGAAGUAA